AUGCUGCUGGUUACGCCAGACGAGGAACUCACGUCUCUUCCUCAGGGGAAUUACACUGUUAGCAUGGAGUUUGGAUUUGUCAUAGAUCUCACAGGGAACCCGUGCGAAGGCGUGGGGCCCCUGACCUUUAGAAUCGCUAAGGACGGGGGCUGUCCGUUGUUGUAUGUCACGGGCUUCGGCACGGAGAACGGCAACUGCAACGGUCUGUACACCCCAAUAGACCCUAUCAAUAACCAUGCCGCCUGGAGGGGAGGCGAGGGAAACUUCUUCUUCAUUUACUUCCGCCAAGAGACAGCCGAGGAACCAGGCAACUGGGUGGUCGACACUGACCUCGACGAGAGCGCUUUCCUGGGGUUCGCAGACAUUGCGUUGCUGCAAGGAACCCCCCGGGGCCCCAAGGGGGGACCCCCGCUACCCCCGUCUGGCCUGUGGCACAAGUGGACGGGCAAGAAGCGCGAGGAGCAGCCAUUCGCCGCCUUCGUCUGCCGACAAACCCCAGACCAUCUACCCCCUAACCUUGUGGCUGUGGGUCCCCCCCAGCCGGAGCCCACUGGAGCGGUGCGAGGCCCCUCGGAGGUGCCUGAGCAGGGGCCGCAUCUGCUACAGCUGGACAGCGUCUCGGGGAUCCCCGUAGAACCCGUCGUCCUCGUGUUCAACAAACCCAUUACCUACGGCCACUGGGCCUCUCUCCGCCUCACUCCGCGCGGACAGAAAGCCCCAGUCGCCGAGUGGCCAGCAGACCAGGAGGCAGGCAUGAGAGGCGCGACAAUUAGGGUGCGUCGCAUGAAGUCACAAGCAUCCGGCGCCUCCGGGAGCCCGAAAGUCUCCUCCCUUGCCUCCAGCAGCAGCACUAACAAAGAUGCAACUGCCACAGAAGAACAAGAAGAGGAGCUGGGGGUUGCCGAGCUAGACGUCGACGUGCCGCUAGACCCAGGGCAGGUCUAUGAACUCACAGCAGACCUGGGGGCCUUCACAGACCUCUCCUACAACCCUUGGGGGCCCCUGGGGCCCCAGGUUGUCUCGUUCGAGGCGGCUGCCACGCACUGUCUGCUGAAGAUCGGUGCAGAGGCAGCAGCAGCAGCUGCAGCUGCAGCAGAACCAGACGGGCCCGAGGCGCAAGCAACAGCAGCUGACGAAGCUUCCUACGACCUGCAGCUCCUAGACAGCAACGCGGAGGUGGUGGGCAGUGGCGAUAGAAAGGUACCCGAAGGCAGCCGUGCGCAAGCAACAGCAGCUGACGAAGCUUCCUACGAGCUGCAGCUCCUAGACAGCAACGCGGAGGUGGUGGGCAGUGGCGAUAGAAAGGUACCCGAAGGCAGCCGUGCUGCCGCUCACUGCAGCGCGGGUCUCUCUCUCCCUCUGGACCUUAUGCUUGAAACAGGCAGCAGCAGCAAUGCCGGAGAGCUGCAGUGCAGCAAAGGCAAGUGGCGUGGCGCCCUCUCCCCCUGCGUUCCCCGGUGUAGCCCGUACCCCCGGCUUGCUGAGGCAUACGAUGUAGAGGAGAUGGAGGGGGCAGCAGAAGGUAUUUCAGGAGCAGCUGUCGUGGUUCGCUGUGCUGAAGCAGCAGCAACAGCAACAGAAACAACAACAACGGCAGCAGAAGCAGCAGAGGAAGGGCAGCAACAGCAAACCCUCAGGUGUCUAGGAGGCCGCUGGGAACCCUUAACUCUACAGUGUGCAGCACUCUGUCCUCCCCUGGGGCCCUCUUUGGGCCCCAGCUAUUUGGUGCGGCUGCCGGUCGGCAUGCAGGAGGACCCGGAGGACGAUGAGGAGCAAGAAGCAACAGCAUAUUCAGCAGCAGCAGAGGGACAACAACGGCAGCAGAAGCAGCAGAGGAAGGGCAGCAACAGCAAACCCUCAGGUGUCUAG